AUGUGCAAGAGCUUGGGGAAAUGGAUUUUGUUUUGUGUGGCUGAAAAAAUUGGGGAGGGUAGAGAUGGACUGGAUAGACAUGAGUAUGAAGUUUGCUUCGGGUGGAAAGGAGGUAGUGUAGAAGGUGCUACCGUGGAGCGACAUAGUAAAAGGUUGUCAAGAGUGAUGGUUCGGAACAAGAAACGUGUUGGUUAUACAUAUGAGUUGACCUUAAAAGUCAAAGGGGAAUGGAUCGUACAAGGAGAGAAGAAGUUUGUUGGGGGUCAUAUAGAUCUCCCAGAGUUCUCAUUUGGUGAGCUAGAUGAAUUGCAGAUGAUCGAUUCCUAUAGUUUUGAGCUUAGAGCCAGUUUUGCAUACCGGAAGUUGGAAAUGCUUAUGGAUGAUAAAGAGGGUCCUUCUAGGAAGUAUAUGAUUGUGGAACCCAAGGUGAAAAGCUUGUUGAUGGAGAUCAGACUGAGUGAAGCAGGGGAUAUCUUGCAUCAGGAUAGGAUACACAUAUGCAACGACUUGAAGCUGUUUUUACAGCCUAUUCGGGAGAAGUUGCUUCAAUUUGAACAGGAACUCCGAGAAUGUGGUGCAUUCUCUUGGGAAACUGAAAAAUGUGGGCAUAUAUUCAUGUUCUUCAUGAGCUCUUCAACUGUUUUAUGCGACAACUUAAUCUUGUUUAAUCAGAAACUGCUUUUGAACUCUUUCGUCUCGCAUGGUUCAUCCAACUUUGUGAUUCACUUGGGCAGCAAAGCGAGGCGGCUUAAUGGCUUCAUUUCGAAAGCGGAAAAGCAUAGUGGGCAUGCAAGGAAAAGCAGUUGGUGGCAGAAAUUCUUUUUCGAAGAUGAUGGGAAUUGGCUUGGUAUGAGGGACGAUGAUAUGGUAGAGCCUGAGCCGGAGGCGGUGGCUGCGGCCGAGGGUGAGAGCACACAAGAGUUAUCUGAGGGCGAGAAGUUUGAGGCAUGGAAGCAGAGAGCCGAAGCAAUAGUUGAGUUAAGAGAAGCCCAAGAAGAUAGGAGGAACGCAGAGUAUAGGAGAUGGGAAGACUGGCUUUUGGAUGGGGAUGGGGCUAAUCAGGAUGGUAACGCUUCCACUUCGGAUUGGGAGCAGGGAAUGAAGGAUUAUAGGGAGAAUGUGCGAGCUGAUUCUGGUGAUGUUCCCGCUGACAAGGGGCUGGUAGAGUCCGCUAGGUAUUUGAUUUUUGGACGGGAAGAUGAUGACAUGCUUUAUGAAGAUCGUGUUUUUCAGUAUGCCUCGUCAAAUUCGGUUAGUGCAUUUGCUUGUGUUCAUGAAAUGCUUGUCAUCUAUGUAAUCAUUUUUCUUUUCAACCAAAACCCUCAUUUAGUUAAUAGCCUAGCCUUGUCUAAGAAGGGUGGAGGAAAGCACGUAUUUGACCCCAGCAGCUGCAACUGGAGUUGGAAUGGCAUGAUUUACAAUAAAAAUUUUCGUUACUCGGCAUCACAUGCCCAGGGUUUGAAGAGAUACAUGUGUGCUAAAUUUUUGGCGGUGUUAAUUAUUGUACCUUGGGCAAUGGACUUUCUGGUUCAUGACUAUAUUCUUAUGCCAUUUUUAGACAGAUAUGUGAAGACUGUACCACUUGCAGCACAAAUGCUUGAUGUAAGAAGAUAUCAAAAACUUGAAAUAGUCGAGGAGCUAAAAACUGAGAGGGGACGAUUUGAGCUUGAGGUUGAGAUUGGUAAAUCUCCACCUCUUUCUGAUGAUGAGGUUUGGUGGGAAUUAAGGCAUAAAGCAUUAGAGUUAAGGGAGGAGCGGAGACUGGAGAAUCGCAGAGCAUUUGCCAACAUAUGGUCAGAUACAGUUUACGGGAUCUCUUUAUUUAUUCUUUUAUACUUCAAUAAGAGUAAGGUAGCCUUGCUCAAAUUUACAGGUUAUAAAAUUAUCAAUAAUAUUUCAGAUACUGGGAAGGCUUUUCUAAUUAUACUGAUCACAGAUAUAUUCUUAGGGUAUCAUUCUGAAUCUGGUUGGCAAACUUUGCUAGAGAUAAUUGUUGAGCACUAUGGGCUUGAAGUUGAUCAGUCUGCUAUAACUAUUUUUGUCUGCCUGAUUCCAGUUGUCAUGGAUGCAUGCGUGAAACUUUGGCUGUUUAAAUUCCUUCCACGUUUAUCCCCAAGGGUGACAAAUAUAUUUCGGGAAAUGAAACGUCACUAG